AUGGCUACACUUGAAUAUUAUCAGCAACAACUGAAGGAUGCGAAGAAUGAACUAGACAAGGCGAACGCAGCGUUGAAUGAGGCGAACGCGGCGUUGAAGAGUUUUCAGGAGUCGAAGUAUCGGGGAGUAAAGCUGGACGAGUUGAGGGACAAGGAGGAGCGGGAGGAUCUCAAUGCAAAGGAGAAGGCUACGCUGAAGAGGCUGGCGGACGACGAGGCAGAUCUGAAAAACAACGUGAAGGAGUGUAGAGAGGCCGUGAAGGAUUUCAUUCCGCCCGAGAAACGUGAACUUGAAGGAGAGAAAUUGGAAACAGAAUCACUUAGACCUUCUAAGAUGCUUAAAACUCAAGAAGAUAUCAUGGAAGCAGUAAAGUCUAUACUCCCACCGUCAUCAGCUGCGCGAUCACAGAACCUAUCAAAGGUGCAAAAAAAAACGGAGAUAUACUGCCAUCGGCCUGCUGAGUUUGUUGGUCAACCAGUGCUUUUCUUCCACCCAGUCUUUGGAAAGUUUAUUAAAAACUACAACAAUGAGAACCUUGAAGUGUCAAGAGAUCUAUGUGGCAAAGUGCAUAAUUUUAUAGACAUUAUGGCACAAACCUACCAAUCUGAAAAACAACGGCAACAAGUAUUUGAUGAAUUCCUCAUUGAUGCACUCGACUUGAACUUCAUAUCAAUCACAGUUGAUGAUGGAUCAAGUAAUGAUGGUGUCCUAUUAGAAAAUGAUAGAUAUUUGGUUGCUCUACGUGAAGUUAAGAAUGAAAUAGGAGAAGAGGGAUCUGACCCUUUUUUGCAAGCUUCAUUUUCGGUUUUAAAUUUCUGGAAACAGAAUAAGUAUAAAUCCUUCCGAAAAGCCUGUAACUGUCCAACACUUAUUAUGUGUUUAGCUGGACCUUGGUUGUGUAUUGCUGCAAGCAUUUUCACAGAUCACCUUAUUGUGGAUCCAUUGACAGAUUUUGUUCCACUAUUACCAACAAAGCAUCCUAAUGAGUUGGACCAUAUUGCUAGACUAUUUCAAGCAUGGAAACUUGCAAUUACAGACUUGAAGCACUUUUACCAUACUGACAAAACUGUUGAAUCUGCUUGGAGUGCAAAACAUCCUUGUGAUUACCAGAAUCUUUUUCCAUAUCCAAAUUUGCUUAUAAUAGAUGAUAAGAAAGUAGAAUUUACUUAUGAAUCUUGGAUGUCAAGCUCUAAAUCAAUGUGCACAGCAACAAUUUCAGAUAUGAACAUCGAUAUAAUUGUUAAAUUUACAAAAAAUUACUGUGAUGAUGCACAUAAGUUGUGUGCCUCUGAAGGUUUAGCACCCCAGUUAUUUUGUGUGGAUAGGAAGAUGAUACCGGGUUGGACAAUGGUCAUCAUGGAGAACAUUAAAGAGGCAAAGCCAUUGCAUGAAACUACGUUUAAUUUGAAAAAAGAUCAAGAUCAGGUGUUUCAAGAUAUACAGCAAGCUAUCUCUCUAUUAAAUCAUAACAACCUGGUAUUUGCAGAUCUCCGCCCAAAUAACGUAUUGGUAUAUGAGAAGGAUCAACUAAGACGGGCAAUGCUUGUAGAUUUCGAUUGGACUGGGGUUGCAGAAAAAGAUUGCUAUCCAUUAUUUAUGAAUCAUGAGAAUAUUGACUGGCCAGCUGGUGCUGAAGAUGGGAAAGUUUUGCAGAAAAAACAUGAUGAAGAUUACCCGUAUAUGAUAAAUAACGAAUAUGAUGGCUCCACUGAAUAUGAAAAAGCAAUACGUUUCCUGGAGAUAGGUUGCAAUUGUGGUUGCUCAAAAAAGAUUCCGAGAGAAAAGUUUGCCGAGUUACGCGAGGCGUUUCAAGCUCCCUCUAGAUCCGAACAAGAUAUAUUUUUAAUGGCUCAGCUAAAAGCAAUGAAUGGAAUCGGUCGCACUCACUUCGAAAACGUCAGAAACCAUCUGGCAACGAAUGGUAUAAUACCGCGUGUUCAUGUAACCAUUGAUAUAACCGUUGCUACCGCCGUGAAGAAUUUUCUCGAAAACUAUGCUGAAAUCAAUGGAUUACCAAGUCCUGGUAGAAACGAAGAAGAAGCAAGAGACUUACUAAAAAAGUACAAAGAACAUUUAGUUAAAGCUAAGUUAGAGAGAAACUAUUACAACAGGAAUACGAAAUUAGCAGAACAACAGAGAAAAUUGUUACGAUUGGGCACAAAACGUUCACGUGCCCCAUUCCGAUCAACAGAUGAAGCAGUACGCGAACAAAUUAAUUACGUUCUCGAUGAAGACGAAAUUAUCGGCAAAGGCCCUAAUGGCACGCUGAGCCUGGUAUUCGAUGGAAUUAAGAAAUUGAAUAAAGGCGAAAAACAUUUAAAAAUUACUUGUGAUAAUGCGGUAAUUUGCGGUUAUUAUGAAAGUAUCGAAUUAAAUUUUAUGGUACCUGGUCAUACUAAAUUCAAGUGUGAUGGUAGUUUUGGAUUAAUUAAGAAACUAUACCGCAAAACGACUCUCAGUGCUAUGAAAGCGGCAAAUUUAGAUCUUAAUUCGGUGUUAGGAAUUUUCUUUAAAAAAUUGAGUGGUUUACAAAAAUAUCAACAUUUUGUAUUCGAAGCAGCCAAUCCUGGUAUUGUCAAAGCUCAGCUGGUUGCUAAUGUCCUAACCCCUCUUCCUUUGGAUUACAAAAGGCAAGAAUAUCUUUAUCAUCAUAUUCGUCCGUUUGUUAGAGAUGAAUUCAAAGACAUUACUUGCCCAAGCCCAACCUAUACCGGCAACGAAUAA